AUGUCUUUAAAGUCUGGUUCUGUUGCCCCUCCUAUCUGUGUUGUUACUUUUGAAAAUCAACCAACAGGCACCUUUUCUCUUGUCCCAUCAUCAUUUAUUCAUAGUGCGGUAUUCACAAAAGGAACAAACAUUAACAAAGAUUAUUUUUUUGUUCAUCCAAGUAAACGCGACCUAAGAAAACGUGGUUUUGUGUUUUACAUUGGACCUAAGGCCAAAUGUCAGGAGUAUUGCAAAUUUUAUGAUGCUGAGGAAGUCGAUUGUGUUACGUGGCUUGGCCGUUCUCAGGAUUUGUUUACCGAUAUAUCUAACAGCGAUUCAUCAAUGAUAAGUGCUGAGAACCCUAACAACGCCCGAAUUAAUAGUAAAACAGCACACAAACGAAACGUGUCACCAUUGGUGUUAUCAAAUUCGUUUAUGUCUUUCGGGUCAUCACCAGCGAAAAAAAUAGCAUAUGAGAUUAAAGGUACCCCAACUACGCAUCGUUCUUCUACUACUACUCCUCUAAAAGCAACAACUCCUACCUCAAAAAAAACACCAGUAACGUUUACCGGUAAAAAUUAUGCACCACCGAUUAAUGAAACACAUGUAAACAAUAUAAUAUCGAAAAAUGAUGUGAUGACUUUGUCAGCAGCAUCAAGUAUCCCCAACCCGUCAAUACAAACACCAUCGAAAGUUGCAUUAUCUCAAGGUGUUGUUGAAGAGUUAGAAAACGCUCGAAGAAAAAUAAUUUAUUUAGAAGAACAAUUAGCUGAAUUAAAAAGAAUAUCAAUUCCUCUAACAUUGCUUCUCGCUUAUCUUUUGGCAUAUCCAAAUGCGGAACAGUCGUUAUAUCUUCGAAAUGUGGUAUCUGUUAUCGAUUUAAAUGACAGAAUUGCAAGUACUCGAGCCACUGAGGAUGGGGAAAAAUUACCAGUAUCUGGUAUUGAACUGUUUAAAGUAAUGUCAAUUUCAAAAACUUGGAAGAAAAGAACUGUCAAUUUAGUUAAAAGUUGUUAUAAAAAUGUUGAUUUUGGAAAUAUGACGUAUAAUACUUUAUCCUCUAUGAAUGCAGAAUUGAUGAGAAAUAUACUCGGAUAUUCACGAGGAACUGUAACAUCUCUUGCCGUGGGCAUCAUACCGAGUACAGUGCAUAAAGAAAUGUUUAGUUGA